AUGCAUGCUAGCCUGACAGCCGCGGAAGCUGCAGAGUCUGCCAACGCUGCUCUGGAGAUAUCGCCUUUGGUUAAGGAAGGUAACUGGAAGUCCAUGCUUGCUGCCCAACAAGACUGCCCAGCUGGAGGCUAUCUGGUAAAGGAGUGGCAGAUGUGCUGCAUCAACGACACGAGCCCUCACACUUAUGGAGCCAUGGUGCGCGGGUGCUGUCCUGCUUCACUUCAAGCAUUGGACAAGAAAGAGCUCGAAGAGAAAUGUCCUCGAGAAGCUGGAGAGUCGUAUCUUGAGCCUUUGAGAUAUGGUGUAACCUCGCAAGCGUCACGGCUUUCCUUACCUGCUGCGGACUUUUUCAAGUCCCUGUUCGCAACAAGAGACAAGCUCAAUGUGAAGGAAUCGACAAUUCACGUCAGGUGGCAGGAUUCAAACGUGCCACUCUCGCCCAUCACACUCAAACAUCGUGGGUCGACGUUCCGACCAAACAACCCCACUGCCAGAAUGGCGAAACCUUCAGUCAAGCUCUAUCUUGCUUGCAUCCUCUUCUACUUAUCCUCCUUCAUUCACGCUACAGUCCUUCCAGAAAGCACUGUUCCUACCUCCUUGCCUGAUAACUCUAUCGAUAUUGACAUCGACGACCCCUCCCUUCGCUACGUCAAUCGAGAUAUUGAGACUCUGUUUGGAACCAACACCUAUGCCAUGUCCUGCUUCGAAGACUUGGAAAAGACAAGAAAAUGCCAAGCUUCCGACUACCAAUACUUCUGCAACAGUGCUGGAAAGCUUGUAAGAAAUGGAGCAUUCGGCAACAUCUUCUGCGAUGAUCAUUGUUGGUGCAUCAAUCUGACACCAAAGAGCCUUUGCACUUUCGACCUAGCUGGAUUUUCGUACUGUGCUCGGGACCUGGUGAACUAUAUCGGUGCAGGUUAUCGGUCUGUCUUCAGCAAGAGAGCUACCACAAUCUCUCCUUCGUCUCAAGAGCAUACCGACCUCGACAUGGCUGACUCGUCUUUCCACCAGGUCGACCGACGUGACGAUCCUCCUGGCUGCAACGCCAAUGACAAGUUUACAGUCAGAUUAUAUGCUGCCGACGAUUGGUACGAUGUCUUUGUGCCAGAAGCUGGAAAAUUACACAACCUUGGUGUGGAGCCAGCCGACCUCAUGUGUAAGGGUACUGAUCCCGGCAGAUCGAGCAGAGACUUUGGUGGAUGUAUCUCCUGCUUCGCUCAUCAUUACUAUGGGCUUGCCGUUGUAAGUGAUGGAAGAUGUGGGAUUACAUAUACGACGCCUGAGAAGUCUGAAUACUUUUGGCUCACUAAAGCUGAUGGCAUAAUCGAUCUUGGUGGUAACGCCUUUUCGAUCGUCUGCUUUGACUACAAGCCGACCAUGAGGCGAAAUAUUGAUCAGGUGAGCGCAUCGACGAUCACUUCUUCAGACACUCCACGUGAUUGCUCUGACGAAUCAGGAACGAGACGUCUGGUAAGAUUCUACGGACCAGAGAGAUCUGAUGAUUUGUUCGUGCCGGAAACGAGAAAGGCUUUCUCCCUGGGAGGAGAUAACCCAGACCUUAUGUGUGCCAGCGACAGCUCCAACACGUAUUCUGCCUUUGGAGUUCUUGACCAGGGUAGUUGCCUGCUGACUGUUGGUCGUCCUGGCGAUAGUCAAUCAUACUGGGCAGACAAGAGUGAUGGGCGAAUCGAUACCAAUGGUGCACCACCAUUUUCUGUUGCCUGCUACGACUUUGAGAACCCUGAGAAGAGUUAUGCUUCAUCUCUCGACCUUCGAGAUGAAUCCCUUUCAGCCUUGACUUCGAGUCAGCACGCGCCUAACGACGCGAAAGGUUGUGAUGUGGGACAGCACAACACCUUUCCAGUACGGCUGAUCACGAAUGAACACAACGGCGACAAGGAUGUGUAUGAGACUCUGGUAUUCCCUGAUGGUCAGAUUCACUGGAUGCACGAUCCCUUCCCAGACCUUUAUUGUCGGGAUCGAUACACUCAUGAAUGCUCCCACUGCGACGACCUUCCGCAACUUCAUGGUCAGGUUGUUCGGAUCUCGGCCGUGGUUAUGGAUGUGAUCGAAGGUCUUGGUCACUGCACCAUACGAUUCACGGAGCAGCGGGAGGGACUUGGCCGAAUGUUUGGAGGGGAUAUCUGGCCCAAUAAUUGGUUCAACCUGGAAGUUCCGGGCUUUCCUGCCUUCAUCAUCUGCUACUAUCAUCCGGACACGCCUGACCCUGGUGAUGGUCUUUCUGGCGAAGCAAUCUCUGGCAUUGGCGAUACAGAACCAGCCGCCGCACUUGCAUUCCCCACCGUCAAGCCUCGAGCCGAAGACGGCACCACCGACCUCAUACUGCGUGACGCCGCCUCCAGCUGUGAAUUAACCUUGUCGCCAACUGAAAUCGACUUUCCAGUCUACUUCAAUGCUCCUGGCGGAAGUAUCAGAUACCUGGUAUAUGUGCCGUCAAGCACAGUGAAACAUACCUACGAACUUGGCGGAGAUAGUCCACAGCUUCAGUGUCUUGACAUCACCACCAACAAGUGCGGCAAAUGCGACUUCUUAACAAGCGGAGUCCAGGUUGCCACUGUUCCUGGUGAAGGUCACUGCGAUAUCGAGUUUUCCGGUGAUCCAGAUGUCCGCCUCGAUAUCAAACUCGUCUCCGUCAUUCCCGAGUUCCACGACUAUCCCAUUGGGUUCACAGCAUAUCCCAAGACCAUCACUUGCUAUCACAACUGUGAUUCGAGCGGCUAUGGUCCUCAGCAGGGCACUCCCUGUGAUCCACCGCUUAAUCCACCGCGCGCACUUGCGGCUCGAGAUGUCGACCUCCUCGAUCCUCGUGCCGAAGCCGUCAGUCAAAACAUGGCUGUGCCGGAGGGUUGCAUGCCUCUUGGAGGUUUCAAUGGAAUGUCGCUACGUGGUAGUGCAGCUGGAUACUACAUCAUGUACAUUCCUGAUGAAGGUCUACCUCAUACAGUUGGCAAAGAUGCUGAAAUGUCCUGUCUCGAGCUCAACGUGCGCACCCGCUUAGGUGGCGAAUGUGUCGCAUGUGAUGGAGAGUAUAGUGCUGUGUCGCUGAGCAGUGGAAAAGGCAUACUGCACCUCGCGAAAGGUGGCGAUUUCAAGAUCAUCCAAGGUGAAGGAUGGAAACAGCUACCUCAGACUUCUGCCAUCAACGCCAUCACCUGCUAUCCCAAUGCAGAUAGCGUUGAGUGGCCGCCAGCCAUGGCUGCAGCAGUGGAUGAACCAGUACCCGCUACCAAGCAGCUUGACGCUCGUUCCAUGACCACCACUGUCACGUUCACAGAGUGGCUCGGUCCUACCACCACUGCCGUCCGUACUUGGACAGAUACUUACGGUGACCCGCUAACAACCACGAUUUCCCGCACCUACACCCUAGGUGGCAAACCAUCCGUCUACAGCACAGAUCGUGAGGUCUGGACGCCUCUUCUCGAACCACACCCAGUCAAGCGUACCAUUGAGCAGGCUGGUGUGACAACGAAAGUAUUCACCGACACCAAUACCUUUACUGUUGACGCAAUACCUACAACCAAUACUGCCACGUGGAGCGUCAUUCAAGGCAACACCGUCGUGUACACCGAUAUUUUGACAUUGCAUAGCAACGAUAAGGCAUCUGUCACUGAGACAGUCACAGGCUCCACGACUCUCGCGUGCUAUGUUGGAGGAAAUGUUCCAGGUUGUGAGAGCUUGAUAACUGGUACGACCACAUUCGAUACUCGUCCCACUGACAGUUCGACCCUUGACGCUGUUGCGGGAACGAACGAUGAUCAUGCCGAGGGAGCUCAAGAUGCUACUGAUGCUGGAAAUGGACUGCAUCAGAAUGGCGCCAAUGGUGUUAUUGCAGGCUUCGGUUUGAUCGUCGCAUGUUUGACGAUUAUGGUUUGGCUUUGA